CAUCGAUGCCGUCGAACAGCAUACUCGAUCUGCCACCAGAGCUUAUCCAUGUCUGCUUGUCAUACUUGCCACUUGCUGACAUCUACACCCUCGAGCACCUCGUCGGAAACACUCUCCUUCGUUCGCUCAUCACCAGCUCAGUCGCCAUCGCGUACCGCCGUGCCCUGCACUCCGCGUGCGUGGAGGAGAGCCCCACGUUCUCACACCCCGCAUCGUCGCCUUCGCCUGUUUCUGACCGUCUCAGGCUACUGCGCAGGACGAACGAGCGCUUUACGGCCUUCGAUCCGGUGCACCGGGGCUCCCUCACCGUGCCCUUCCCGACAACGAGCAUCUACGAUCUCGCGGGUGAUGUGUUUGUGCUCGGCGACGGGUGCGGGGAGAUGGUUGAUGGGCGCUGUACGGGCGUGCGCGUACUCCAAACGCGUGUGGCUGCGGCUGCUGCGGCGAAGAGCGAAGGACUGGUGGAGGGUGUGGAUGAGGAUGUGUGGCGCAGGAUCAACGCCGGGAAGCCGAUCAUCGACUUCGGGCUUGCGGUGGAGGAGCACGAUCUCAUCGCGAUGGUGACCUACGUGUCGGUCGAUCAGACUCGGCGCCAGAUCGACGUCUCCUUCUUCCAUUUCUCGACUGGCGCGCCCCACUCGCAGGCCCGCCGGCAUGUGCUGCCCGUGCAAGAGACGGACACCGCACACGGCCCGCCGACCGUGUCCAUCGAGAUCGUCGGCGAGAACCUGGCGAUGUCGCUGUUUUACGGCAAUGCGCACACAGCGGAGAGAGACAGCUUGCAUGUCUUCAACUGGCGCACGGGGAUGCGCAAGAAGAGCGACUUUUUUCCUGUCAGCUCUCCGGGCCUGAUCUUCCUGACGCCAAGACACCUCCUCUUGCCAGACGUGCGCGUGCAAUACUUUGUCAUUGUCGAAUAUCCGGACUCCGACAGCGAGGUCACCGAGCCAGCGCUAGCGCUCCUCGAGUUUCCCUCCAUCAUGAACCACACGGAAGUGCUUCACGUCCAAUGCCGCGUAUCUCCCACCGCAGCCGCGUCCCCCAAUUCCCCCGCGUCAUCGGGCGCGCCCUCGUCGCGCUUCGUCCCGCGCGCAGAGGACGCGAUCAUCCUCUUCUCCUUCGCGAUGGGCCGCUUCGACCAGCAGGGGCUCCUUCAGGCCGCCGACGACCACGUCUUCGUCAUCUCGAAGCGGCCGCUGUACGACAAGCUGCUCGGCGGUCCGAUGUCGCGCGAGCGACUGAGCUGGGACGAAUGGGCUGCGCCCGCGAUGUGCUACAUCGACGGCGAGGACCUGCACUUCCGCUACAUCACGGUCACGCACGGCCAGCGCCUCGUCUACAUCGACCACGCUGCAGCGGAGGCGCGCGCGCCCGUGCGCAUCCUGGACUUCAAUGCCGGCCGCUUUGAGGACGCACGGCGGCGCGGCGCUGUCGAUGGCCCGCACGCUGUUGUGCAGCCCAUGGAGGGGGGCAAACCCAGAGGCAUCGUCAGGCAGUUCCGGGCGUUCCGCAAGCCGUUGGAAUCGACGCUGCCGUAUGUGGAGACCACGUCGAAGGAGCUGUUCGAUUGGGGCGCGGCGAUCAUCAACGACGAAUGUAUCCUGGGCGUGCAGUUUGGUGUGAUCGCCCAUGCGCUGUCCCUGGAAGUCCUGCAUUUCGGGGAGCUGUAAGGAAGUGCGGUAUGAGGACGUGAUACUAUCUGCGCACAUCUGGCUAGAAAAAUGCAUGAUGCGAUGUUGUCUUGUUGGUACUAGAUUGAGCUGAAUGACAUCAGUCCCUCUUCGAGACAAGCGCGCAGUCCAGCUGUCGGCGGGACGAAAACCCCAAAUAUAUACCCUCGCCUCGUCCCGCUCGGCAGGAGAUCAUGAUCUUCUCCCGAGAUGUGUGAAUUGAUGGACCGCUGCUAGUCCUUUGGUGGUUGUUGAACUGUCGGUGCCUAGCGGGUUGUAGAGCGGGAUCGUUACCGUCCCUACUGUAUUUAUUAUACACCCGGACUCUACAUAUAAACAAUCUCCAUCGAACGCUGAGGGUCAUGAUUCCAAUGUUCAGACUCUCCUCUCC